CUUCUUCUGUCUUCUGCUGCGCUUCUCCUCUCUUUUCCUCUUCCUUUGGUUCUGCUCCAUUUGGUUUCUCUUCACCUUCUUGCUUUGCUGUGUGACAGCUCCCGAUCGAGAUAUCAACCAAGCAAGCAAGCGGUUACCAGUCCAACCAGCCCCUUCCUUCAUUCCAAUCACAUUCUCCCAUUUCUUCACACCAACCAGCCAUGUCUCUGUGCCGUGUUGCCCGCCUUGUCCGCCUUGCGGCCCCUGCCCGCGCCAUGCACGCCGCCUCCGCCGUCCGCUCCGUCCAGGGCACUGGCUUCAGCGACAAGGAGCUUGCUGAGGAGACCAUCUACAUUCGCAAGCACGAGGCCAAGAUCCGCCAGAUGAAGCUCAAGGAGAAGGCCGAGAUCACCAAGGACCGCGAGGAGAUUCUUCGCCUUGCAAAGGAGACGAAGCGCCCGCACGUCAAGGAGCUGCUGGAGGACCUUGCCAGCCACGUCUGAGCUGCCAUCCUUCCUUCCAUCCACCCUUCCUUCCCCUUUCACCCAUCUCUCUCUCUCAUGCAUAUCUACGUCCCGCGGAUUCAAGCACAUGAUGCGGCAAGCAGGCAACAAGCAAGCACAUUUGCCCUUGCUGUUUGUCGCCUUGGCUUGUUUGUUUGCUUUGCUGUGAGUGCGUCUGUGAUUGUGGGUGUAGAGUAAUCGUGUGUGUGUGUGUGUGUGUGUGUGUGUGUGUAGUGUAGUGCGGGCGCACUCAAAGUCGCGUCCGCUCAUGCAUCCACACACGCAUGCUUGCACCGCGCUUGGUGUUGUUGUUGUCGCCGUGUGCCUGAUGUUGACCCUGCUGCUAUGUUGCUGUCCCGCGCUUUGUGCCUGCGUCUGCUGCGCGUGUGUCGUCGUCGUCGUCGUCUUUGUGUUGCGUGUGUCGCAUGCAACCUGACAUUAGAGCGUACACACCGCGGCACACGUUGCAAUGAGGGUGAUGUGUGAUGUGGGUGUGGGUG